AUGGCUAAUAAUGAGAACAAUAACAAGGCCAUCACCAUCGAUUCAGACGAUGACGACUUGGAGGUGACGCACUAUGCAGCUCCAACCACUAGCAGCAGGGUUUCCGGUGCGAAACACGGAGCUUCCACUCCGGUUAAGCUCGAGCCACCACGUACUCUUCUUUCCGGGUCAUCAAGUGCUGUAAAUAUAGAACCCGUGGACAGCGAUGAGGAGGACUGCAACGAUGGCGAGCUAGCAUACAAAAAGUUCAAGGAACGCAAAUCCCUCAAGCGCAAGCAAGAUGCUGCAGCAACCCGCAAGGCCAAAAUGCCCAGGGGAGAUCCAAUCGUUGGUCGAGUAAAAAAAGAGCGACCAAUACCUCAACCUAAGCGACCGUUGAAACAAUGGGGCGUGGUAUCUUCGGAGGAUGAGAUGAUGGAAGAUACCUUGCCUGGAUAUCUGAAAACCCGCCGCAGCCAGUUCGACCGGAAGCGUGAUCGUCUAAAAGAGCAUGGGCUGAAGCUACCACCGACUUACGAGGAUGUGGAGUUCUCGGAUGACGAGCGACUCGAAGAACUGCAAGAACGACCUGUUUUUCCGGAGAGCACCCGAAAGCAAGAGUAUAAGGAUAUUGAACUUCCAUAUUCGAUGGGUAUUAUUCCCGCCCCGAUCGCCCAGUGGUUGCGGCAGUAUCAAGUGGAGGGAGUCGCGUUUCUCCACGAGCUGUUUGUGUAUCAAAAGGGUGGUGUCUUAGGAGACGACAUGGGUCUCGGAAAAACUAUCCAGGUGAUUGCUUUCUUGACCGCCGCCUAUGGAAAGACCGGGGAUGAACGGGAUGCAAAGCGCAUGCGAAAGAUGCGCAGAUCUGAUGACAGCGCGUGGACCUUGCCCUCGAUGCGGCAAAGUCAGGGAGGGUGGAAAUCCUGA